AUGAUCGUCCUGAUUCGCUUAUCCAAUCCGAAUCUGAUGUGCAGUCAACGCCAAAUCAUUCCAAACGGUACGAUCGAGUCAUGUGUGCAUUCCUAUGAGCAUUCCGUUUUCCUAAAUCCGAUGGAUAUGAAUAGCACAGAUUAUUCCUCUUGGAAUGAUACGCUAACUUUUGUACCGUACAGUCUAUUCUAUUAUUCGUUCAUCUAUCGUAUUGUUGGUACAGUCGCCCUGGCAUUCAUACUGACCGUUGGACUGAUCGGGAAUGGUCUGGUCAUUCUGGUCGUGGUUAUGUCGCCGGGAUUGCACACACCGACCAAUUGUUAUCUGGUCUCCUUGUCCGCCAGUGAUCUGAUUGUCCUCCUGUCCACCACCACACUCACCAUGAAAGAAUUCUACAUGCCAGUUGGUCAGUGGGAUUUGGGUCAAACAGUGUGCCAGAUCGCCGUGUGUAUUCAAUACCUGGCCGCCGCGGUAUCCGCACUCUCAAUCUGCGCGUUCUCCAUCGAACGAUGGGUCGGAAUUUGUUAUCCGAUCCGGGCACAGUAUAUUUGCACAGUGAAUCGUGCCGUACGGAUCAUUAGUGGGAUUUGGAUUUUUUCCAGCCUCUACAAUAUGCCUUGGUUGUUCAUGACCAGUACAAUUGUGAUUCCCAGUGGUAAUCCAUCCGUACCCCCGUACGAGAAGUGUACAUUUCGUUUUCCACAUACCGCCUAUCAGGUUGUGUACACAGCCGAUUUCAUCCUGUUCUAUGUUGUCCCCCUUCUGGUCACAUCCAUCAUGUACAUCCAAAUUUGUUGGUUCCUGUUCCGUGGCCAUGAGCACAAUUUGACCACAUUGACUAAUGCCACUCGACCGGUGGUCCCUACGGCGGCCGACUGUACGACAAAUACAAUGAGCACCGCACUUUCACAGCAACAUAUCCAAAUGUGUCAUUUGUUGAGUCGCGUUCGAGCUCGAAAACAAGAACGAGUUUCUUAUGGUUCAGCCACGAAGUACCCUAAUUUGGAGAUAAGUGAUACACAACACAAAGAACAGGCAAACUUUCUCAUUGCGGAGCACUACGAACGAUAA